GCAUUAAUCGUUCGACGGUUGAACGGUGAAGAUGACAGCUCCGACAGUGACGAUAUAAAUGAUGAUAUAGAGGAUGGUUUCCUUGAUGAUGAUGAAAUUGAUAAUGAUGAUGAAGAGGUUAAUGAUGAAGCUGAAGAACACAAGACAAAAGGAACACCUUCAACUUAUGCAGGUGCAGCAAGAAAACCUCAGAUAACUGUCAGUUUUGAUAAAUCUCUGCCUUCAACCCAUUCAUACUUAGGAAAUGAUAUGGAAGAUGUACAAUCAGGUAGAACUAUACAUGAUGAUGAGUCGUUUAUUACUAUACCACUCUAUAUGUUACCUGGUAUAGUACUAAUACCAGACCAAAUUAUCCCAUUACAUCUAUUUCAACAUCAUCAGGUGGCCAUGAUGAAAAGAGUGGCUGAAAAUGAUAAAACGUUCGGCAUCAUGACAUAUAGAGAUGUUAAUCAUACUGAUGAUGAAUUAGAAUGUUAUGGUACUACAGCUGAAAUCUUCUCUAUUAAAGAUGAAACUGAUGAUAUAACAGGAAUCUCUACAUUACGUAUUAAAGCUAGAGGGCGACAGAGAUUUAAGUUGAUAGAGACUAGUAGAGAUGUAACUGGGGUACUAACAGGUAAAGUGAGAAUACUGUCAGAAAGAAUAUUACCAGAUUAUUUAGAAGGUGCUAGACUAGGUUCCCAUAGAAAGUUCCUGUGUGAUCCCUGUGAACAAGAUGAGGUUGUGAAAACAGCGGUAGAUAGAAAAGGAAAUGUGAUAAAAAGUAUUAGUUUACUGAACAACAGACAAUUAAACAAGUUUUCUUGUGCUAAUUAUACUUGGUGGCCACCAUGGGUAUAUAAAAUGUACUGUACAGAUUUUUUAUUUGAACAAAUACUAAAAGAAUUGAGAAGUUGGAAUGACAGUUUAAAUGAAGCUGAAAUCCCCAAAACAGCCACAGAAUUAUCGUUUUGGUUGGCCCAGAAUCUACCAUUAGAUGACACAAUCCGGUUACGUUUAUUAAGUUAUGAUUCACCAGUACAAAGACUACGCUAUGAAUUACAUGUCAUGAAAAUGUGUUCAGUACUACAGUGUAAAUAUUGUAAUACAGCUAUGGCUAACAAGAAUGAUGUAUUUAGUAUGGCUGUAGAAGGACCAAUGGGAGCUUAUGUUAACCCUGGAGGUCAUGUACAUGAAACAUUAACUAUCUACCGAGCUAAAAAUCUCUCACUAAUAGGAAGAUCUUCAACAGAACAUAGUUGGUUUCCUGGAUAUGCCUGGACAAUUGCUCAAUGUAAAGAAUGUGCUAAUCAUAUUGGAUGGAGAUUUACAGCCAAAAAUAAAAAACUGUCUCCAGAGAAAUUCUGGGGUUUAUGUCGUUCAUCCUUAGUGCCAGGUAUGCAGAGUGGAGAAUUGGAUGAUAAAAGCCAAAUUUACCGUUAGCCUAGUGUUUGUAAUAACUUUGCUUAGAAACCACUUUCUGCAAUAUUCUGCUUAUUAACUGUGAUUAAAUUGAUAGUACCCACCGUUAUGUAUUAGCGACAUUACAAUAUAACCUUGAAUGUGUGUGUAUGCCAUCACAAAGAACAUUACUUUCAGGUUGAGAUUUAAUACAUCUCAGUACAGUGUCUGAAAGAGUUUUACUCCUGGAAAAGUUUUGAAAAACAGAAUUGAUUUGGUGCAUUCUGACAGAUAUUUUGGGACAAAGCUUUAAAAAAUGGUAUCUUUAAAUUUGUCUAGGGGAUAAAUGCUCCUGAUAUUUUUGGUCAGUGAACUUAGCUUAAGUCAAGCAUGCACCAUUUGAAUUGUUCUUAGUUUUUGUUGAUAAUUUUGGGGCUAAAUCCUUAUGGAGAUCGUGGGUCAGGCAGCCAGCCAGGAGACAUGUAUGAAAUUUGGUGCCUACAAAAAUAAAUGAUUGACAGUAAUCUAAUUAUUUUGAUUGUGUUUUGUUAUAUUAAUGUAAAAUAUUGUUUAUUUAUAGAAUUAAAGUAACCCCCAUAAAGGUGUCUAUUUAC